AUGACCUACCUCUGUCUUCCUGCUGCUGAUGCCUCCAAACAAAGCCUGUAAGUGUGUGUUCUGUGUGUGUGUGCUCACGCUCAUGUGUGCAUAAUGUGCGUGGGUUACAUAUACAUUAUGUUUAUUACUGUAUACUGUAACCUCUAAACGGUUUGCAUUAUCCCAAACUCCAGUCUAAGUUUGUGUUUUCUAUCUCCUUUCUGUCCUCAGGACCCAGUUCUUUAAGGACAGCAUCAUAUUCAUCCACGAGUCCAGACUCAAAGGGAAGGGAUGCCUGGUUCACUGGUGAGAACUUGUUUAAAUGUAUUUAUCAUUGUUUUAAUAUAUGAAUGAUGAUUGAUGUACUGUAUUGAUGACUUGAUCAAUCAUUGAUGGACUGAUGUGUUCCCAGUGUGGCAGGUGUUUCCUGUAGUGUUGGGUUGGUGGUGGCGUACAUGACUGUUACUGGGCGGGGCUGGGUGGCAUCGUUAGCUGCAGUGAGGGUGGUGCAGCCGUGUGCUGGACCUCAGAUGGUGUUCCUACACCAGCUAGAGGACUUUGAUAACCUAGAGGUCACA